AUGGCAGUGCCGAGGAAUUCCCUACGAGCUUUCCUCACGCACGCGAGAGGCGCACUUCGCGAUGCUAUUGACUGCAGUCAGAAGAUCACGUUUGUGAUUGGCAAUGAAUCGGCCGACCUUGAUUCCAUGUCAAGCUCGAUUCUCUACGCAUACCUUCGGUCCAUGUCACCGCAAAAGAAGGCGUUUAGUUCAGUCUACGUGCCAAUCACAAAUAUUCCAGCUUCCGAUAUCCAGCUGCGGCCGGAAUACCUUGCCGUUUUCAAGCACGCUAACAUCGAGUCCAAGCAUUUGAUUACACUGGACGAUCUUCCUGCAUUGUCAGAUAUCCGGUCCAAACUCGCACCCGAGAACACACGGUGGAUUCUGGUAGACCACAAUGCUCUCCAGGGCCCGCUGGGUGACAUCUAUGCUGACCGCGUGGCCGGCGUUGUUGACCACCACGAUGACGAAAGCAAGGUACCAGCAGACACGGGUGAAGAGCCUCGAAUUAUUGAAAAAAGCGGCAGUUGCACUAGCCUGGUAGCCAAUUAUUGCCGCCCGGCGUGGGAUGCCCUCUCUGCAUCGGCGAUGUCUUCUGGGGCAUGCCAUGGACAGGAUGACAGCUUGUCAAACGACGCGGCCUUUGUCCAGCAGUGGGACGCAGAUGUAGCCCAGCUGGGCCUGGCCAGUAUCCUCAUUGACACGGCAAAUCUUCAGGAUGCGAGCAAAACGACCGAGCACGACCGUGAAGCAGUCGGGUACCUCGAAGCCAAGAUUAUGCUGUGCCCCCGAUUGGCUGCAAGCUUCGAUCAGACUAGGUUUUAUGAGGAGAUUGAUGCAGCAAAGAAGGACAUUGGUAGCCUACAGCUGCAAGACAUAUUGCGGAAGGAUUACAAGCAGUGGGACGAGGCGCAGAGACUGGGCAUUAGCUCCGUUGUCAAGUGCAUCAGCUUUUUGGAGAAGAAGGCUGGCGAUGAAGGCAAUGCGCCACGACGCGAAGCGUUGUUGGAAGCGAUCAAGAAGUUUGCAAAGGAUCGUGAGCUGGGCAUGUUCUGUCUGAUGACGACGUCGACGUCUGCGAGCGGGCAGUUUGAGCGAGAGCUCCUUUUGUGGGCUUUUGACGAGGGAGGAGUAUCAGCUGCCAAAGCCUUUGCCACGAAUGCACGGGAGGAACUUGGCCUGGAAGGCUGGCAGGGUUACAGCGACCUGGACAGUGGAAGCGAGUGGAGAAAAGUUUGGUGGCAAAGACAAGUACAGCACAGCCGGAAACGUGUUGCGCCGUUGCUCAGGGAAGCCAUGACAUGA